AUGGGUAAUACCCAGUUCAUCCAUCUGGAUGCCAUGGAGCAUGAGAACGUCUUCUCCUACUUCGUUGACUAUCCAGAUUCUAACCAGGCUGAGGUUCCCGAUUCAGGAGGUAUAAACGCCAUUCCAGAUACGUCUACUGUCUUUCUCGACAAUAAUUCCUCGCAAACUCCUACUUCUGAGGAGCCCACAGUAAAUCCAACGAUUUUAAAUUUCGACACUUUCCUAGAAUCCAUCCUUCCAGGCGGCACAGAUGUCAUUCCAGGAUAUGUUGUUCCUCAGACCUCCGUGCACUCUGCUCACCAGGAUAGCUUAACUGCUGAUACACCCACUAUAAGCCUCAGCAAUGUCCCACCUUAUUUCGCUUCCUCUAACAUCACAGACGCCAUUGUACACAACAACCUCACCCAAAUCGCCACUUUAGAACAUAUGAAUGCCAUCCCGGCCACGUUUAUUCUCAAUAAUAACGCAGAGUUUCAACGAGAAUCACCACAACUAGGAAACGAGGUUGCCGUACUUUCAAACUCAAAAUUCCUAGGACAAGGAUGUUUUUCGAUUUCCGAAGCUGCUUGGAAUCCCCGCCAACCUCGCUCUUGCUUCACGCCUCAGCGAAGGCAACAACUGAGGCAACUGCGCGACCAAGGAGCCUGCUUGAGGUGUAGGCUGCUCAAAAUAUCGUGUUCUGGGGAGGAUCCGUGCAAAAGAUGUCUCCUUGCUGUAGACUCCGCCUCGAGAUCAAAAUCGCUGAGAUGGAUGGAUUGUGUUCACCCUUCAUUUGAGACCAUAGGAGUCUUCAACCGCCAUAGCAAUCCUCAGGAAAGACGGCGAAUCAAGACGGUAGUAGACGAGUUUUCCCGCGCAGGUAUUACACUUGGGUUUCGUAUACCAUUCGACGUGAACCUGCCAGCCGUCUCCAAGCAUCUAGCACAAUAUCUCACCGAUUCGGUGACUAGGUCAAAUUUUAGUAUCGCAGGUUUCAUAUCUAGCAAAGCGUUCAGCGACAUGUUAUGUGAAUUUGUUGGCCCAGCAUUAGCCAAGCAUGCGAGGAUUUUCUUCUACCUCUCUGUCCGCCUAUACGCAGGCCGGUAG